GAAUUAUUCAAUCUCAAACCAAAACCAGAUAGAUCCGCCUGGAAUGCUUACCAUUUCUCAAGGGAUACGCUUUGGAACACGUUUGUCAGAGACUGCUCUGUUCCGCUACAAACACCAUUUAUCUUAAGUUAAGCUUUUUCAUAAAGUGCUUAAAUGUUUCUUCUGUUAUGGAUUUUAGAAUAUCUUUACUUGUUCCUAGUGGACAAUGCAAGGUUUAAAGAGAAGUAUUUUUCAAAUGGGGAUGUCUACAUUGGUUUUGUCAAGGGAAAACGUAGGCAUGGCAAGGGAAAGUACACAUGGUCAAAUGGAACAAUAUAUGAGGGUGAUUGGGUUGAUGGAAAAAGGACAGGGAAAGGGCGGAUCAUAUAUCCAUCAGGAGCAAGUUAUGAGGGUGAAUUCUUUAGGAAUUCCCGUCAUGGUCACGGCACUCUUAAAAAAUCUGAUGGGGGUAUCUACGUUGGUAACUUCGAGAGUGAUCUUUUCCAUGGCAAGGGAAAGUACACAUGGUCACAUGGAACAAUAUACGAUGGUGAUUGGGUUGAUGGAAGAAGGACAGGGAAAGGGCAAAUGAUAUAUCUAUCAGGAACAAGUUUUGAGGGUCAAUUCUUUAGGAAUUCCCGUCAUGGUCAAGGCACCCUUACCAUAUCCAAUGGCCAAGUCUACAUUGGUAACUUCAAGAGUAAUCUUUUCCAUGGCAAGGGAAAGUACACAUGGCCAGAUGGAGAAAUAUACGAGGGUGAUUGGAUUGAUGGAAGAAAGACUGGGAAAGCUCGGAUCAUAUGUCCAUCAGGAUCAACUUUUGAGGGUGAAUUCUCCAGGAAUUCCCGUCAUGGUCACGGCACCCUUAAAAAAUCUAAUGGGGAUAUCUACAUUGGUAACUUCGAGAGUGAUCUUUUCCAUGGCAAAGGAAAGUACACAUGGUUAGAUGGAACAAUAUACGAGGGUGAUUGGGUUGAAGGAAGAAGGAUAGGGAAAGGACGGAUAAUAUAUCCAUCAGGAGCAAGUUUGGAGGGUGAAUUCUCUAGGAAUUCCUUUCAUGGUCACGGAACUCAUACAAAAUCAAACGGGGAAGUCUACAUUGGUAACUUCAAGAGCGAUUUUUACCAUGGCAAGGGAAAGUACACAUGGUCAGAUGGAACGGUAUACGAGGGUGAUUGGGUUGAUGGAGGAAGAACAGGGAAAGGUCGGAUCAUAUAUCCAUCAGGAUCAAUUUUUAAGGGUGAAUUCUCCAAGAAUUCCCGUCAUGGUCACGGCACCCUUAAAAAAUCUGAUGGGGAUAUCUACAUUGGUAACUUUGAGAGUGAUCUUUUCCAUGGCAAGGGAAAUUACACAUGGUCAGAUGGAACGGUAUACGAGGGUGAUUGGGUUGAUGGAAGAAGGACAGGGAAAGGACGGAUAAUAUAUCCAUCAGGAGCAAGUUUUGAGGGUGAAUUCUCUAGGAAUUCCUUUCAUGGUCACGGAACUCAUACAAAAUCAAACGGGGAAGUCUACGUUGGUAACUUCAAGAGCGGUUUUUCCCAUGGCAAGGGAAAGUACAUAUGGUCAGAUGGAACAAUAUACAAGGGUGAUUGGGUUGAUGGAAAAAGUACAGGGAAAGGACUGAUCAUAUAUCCAUCAGGAGCAAGUUUUGAGGGUGAAUUCUCUAGGAGUUCCCAUCGUGGUCACAACACCCUUACAAAAUCCAAUGAGGAUGUCUACAUUGAUAGCACCGAGAGUAAUCUUUUCCAUUCGCAGGGAAAGUAAACUUGGUCAAUUGGAACAAUAUAUGAGGGUAAAUUAUCUGACCCAGAGAUCAUGACGACGUGAAAGGGUGUUCUCGGUUGCUACAGGAGAUGUAGAGUUGUAGAGCUAGGAGUUCAGUAGCUGGUUGUUUUUGGAGUCUGCUUUUCUGUAUUCCUCUGUGUAGACGUUUUACAUCAAGUUGAACUCUAUUCUAAAAUUUCAAUUUUUGAAGUUUAUUUAUUAUUGUCUGGUACCAAUUCUCAAUUUCUCACCUUGUUUAGUGUUAGUGGUGAUAGACAUCUUAUUCACAUUUUGUUUAGUUGAGA